AACAAGAAAUGGAUAGACGAAAAAGUAUAAAUUUUCUUAUUUUGAAUGUAUUCAAUAUUUUUCUGUUACAUUCAAAAAAGUUUUAACAAUUUAAUUAUUCAAAAAAGUUUUAACAAUUUAAUUAUAGGUUAUUUAGCUUGCAAUUUAUAUACCAUUUCUCUUACUUAUAUGCAAUAUAAUUUAAUGUGUAGAAAUUGAUCCAAUUAAAAUAUCAAUAAAAUGUUACACGAAGUAUUACUGUCAUUAUGGGGAUGUUCAACUAAUGCUUUGCAAAUAUUGGAAUCAGAUGUGAUUAUAAUAUAACAUUUACUGAUAUUAAAUUACACAAAUUAAUUGUAUAUGCAGUUUAUUUAUGUUCUUUAAUUUAUUGUUUUCAGACUGUAGAUCUUGAAAAAUAUUUGCAUCCUGGUGAACGUGUAUUACUCAAAGAAAUAUUAGAUAUAGUUGAACAAUGUAAUAUUAUUAGAAAUUUCAUUCAAGAAUAUACUACUUCUGACAACUUAAAAUCUACUCAAGAUUUACAAGAUGUGCCUCAAGGUUUAUACUUACAAGCCUUUUGUGAAGGAAUGGAUCAAGCUUUGGAACCAUUUCGUAAAGAGAUUGUUGAUCUAGAAGAUGUAGUUCUUCGUGAUAGUUAUACUCCACUGUCAUUAAUACUUUGUCGUAUCCAAAAAUACAUUUGUCUAUUUUCUGUUUUAAAUUCUAUCAUAAAAGAGAAUGUCUCACUGUGUACACAUAGUUUUUUAUAAACACUUGACCAGCUGGCUUUUAUAUGGUCAUUUGGAAGAUGUGUACAAUGAAUUUUUUAUUCAAAAAAUAUCUGAGAGACGAAACAGCUUAAUAUUAGCAGAUAAUAAAGAUAAUUUUGAUAAAGUAAAUACAAAAUUUACUGCAGAUAUGUGGAAUUAUGAUGUUCAAAUAGAUAUGCUUCCUUCCUACAUUAGACCAUCUUUAGCAAUUAAAAUCUUGACUAUAGGACAAACUAUUAUAAUGUUUGGAAAUGACCCAAGACAAAAAAAAGAUUUUGCUAUAGUUGAUCAAACAGAAACUUCUAUAUGGGGAGAAAAAGAAUAUGAAUAUUUUCUUAAAUUUCAGAAUCUUCAGAAAAAGCAUAUUUUCGAUAUUGUUGAAUUUGAACGUACAAUUGAUGAAUUAAAACAGUGUAUAACAGAACUUUUAUGGCGAGUUGCUGUUGAAGAAGCACAACUUGUACAGCAACUUAAAUUAGUUAAAGAUUUCUUUCUUAUGGGACGUGGUGAUUUGUUUCUUGAGUUUAUUAGACUUAUAGCUCAUAUAUUAAAUAAACCUCCAACACAGCAUACCUCUAGAGAUAUUAAUUUAGCUUUUCAAAUGGCUUUAAGAAAAAUGCAUUUAAAUGAUGAAAAUGCUAUGGACAGCUUUAAUUUUAUAGUUCCAAUUCCAGCACAAGAAAAUGAAGAUAUUGAGGUAGAAGGUACAGAAUUUACUGAAAAGGAACGUGAAGAUCCUAUUGAAAGACGUGGAUGGGGUAUGAUUAUUUUGAAAUACAAAGUUAUAUGGCCAUUACAUUUAUUAUUUAGUCCAUCUGCUUUAAAUGAUUACAAUACAUUAUUUAAAUUUUUACUAAGAGUUAAAAAAACACAAAUUGAUUUGUGGAAUCUUUGGAGUGAACAUAUGUAUUACAAAAACAUUGAUAUUGGUGUAAUUCAGCUGAGAAAUAAUUUAAUUUUCAUCAUUGAUAAUUUACAAUACUACUUACAAGUUGAUGUAUUAGAAAGUCAAUAUACUAUAAUGGAAACAAAUAUAAAAAAUACCCGAAAUUUUGAAGAUGUACAAAAGGCUCACUGUAUUUUCUUGGCUAAUGUUAUGUCACAAACAUUUUUAUUAGGGAAUGCAACAGAAAGAAAAAAUCCUGUUAAUAAACUAAUAAAACUUUUACUACGACUUUGUGAUGAUUUUAUCUUACAAGCAUCAAUGUGGGAAAUAGGUAAUUUACUUUUAACAGAACAAGAAGAGCUUAAAACAUUAUCUGAUACUCUUGAAAGUUUAAUGGGUUGGCUAACUAAAACACUGAAUAGAGUUCGUGCACAACCAAGUGGAGAACAUUUAGCUCAGUUGUUAUUAAGACUGGAUUUCAAUAGAUGGUUUAGUAAAAAAAUAUAAAAAAAAACCUAUUUGAAUCUGAGUAAUAGAAAUAAUGAAAAAACAUGUGAUGUUUUAGUAUUUUGUUUUAAAAUUAUUCUUUAUAUAAAUUUAUCUCUACACACACACACACACACACAUGUAUAUAUAUUAAACUCGUUUUUUGUUUACUUGAAAUAUUAAUAUUUUUUUGACAAUGAAAAAUGCAGUACAAAAGUCUAAUUUUGUUCUUAAUUUAAUAGAAACAUAUUAAAAGAUAAAAAUAAUGUUCAUAUGUAUCAAAUAAAUGUAAUAUAUAAUAAAUAUAUUUUUUUCAUUAAUUUUUUCACUAAAAAUAAAUUAUUUCUUAUUGUAAUUAAAUAUUUUAGAAAUAAAUAACUUAACUUUAAUUGUAAUGUAAAUAAUAAUUGACUUCAUAUUAUAUAAGUAUUAAUUAUCCAACUGUAUUAAAUGGAUUAAAUAAUUAUAAUUCUCACAGACGAUUUCAUUAUAUUUAUUUACUUAUAUUUACCAUAUUGUUGAUUUAACUAUGAUCAACACACACAUAUUAUUAUAUAUACAUAGAUAAAUUAAUAAAAAAUGAUGUAUAAUAAGAAUAACAAUAAUAACAAUUUUACAAGAAUAUAUAAAUAUAUAUUAAAAUUUUAGACUCUUUUCUUUGCAACUUUUAUAA